AUGCAAGGUCUUCUCCUUUUCUCCUCUCAUCCUCCCCGUCUCGCUUUAUUCUCCGUAGCACGCAUACUCGUUCCUAUCGCGCAUCUGCCUGAUCACAGACACCACCCAUUUGCUGUUCGUGCCAUGAGCACCAAAGACGUUUCACGCCAGAGCGACAUCAACAAGAUGACGACUGAUGGCGACGGCUCCUUCAAACGCAGGCCAUCGUCCUUCCGGAACUUCAUCGAGCCGGGCGGUAAAUUCGAGCCAGAGAAAGAUCGCUACCAUCUCUAUAUUUCCUAUGCUUGUCCUUGGGCUACGAGGACUCUCAUCAUGAGAAAGUUGAAGGGGUUGGAGUCUUUUAUUGACGUCAGCAUCGUCUCCCCGCACAUGGGCGAGCAUGGCUGGCCCUUCGCGUCUGCAGAUGCGUACCCCGGCGCGACAGACGACCCGAUCCACAAGUCUGCUCAUGUCAAGGAUCUCUACAUGCACGCAGCCCCGGAUUACGAUGGGCGGUUCACUGUUCCCGUGCUCUGGGACAAGAAGACAGACACGAUCGUGAACAACGAGAGCUCCGAGAUUAUUCGGAUGUUUAACACCGCAUUCAAUCACCUCCUCCCCAACGAGAAGGCGCAGCUUGACUUUUAUCCCGCACAUCUUCGUGCAGAGAUCGACGAAGUCAAUGAGUGGGUGUACGAUACUGUAAACAAUGGUGUCUACAAGUCCGGGUUUGCGAGCACUCAGGCCGCAUAUGAAGCUGCAGUGCGCCCUCUGUUCGAAUCCCUCGACAAACUUGAGGGUAUGCUCAAGGGGAAAGAAUAUCUCGUCGGUAAUCAGCUCACCGAGGCGGAUAUUCGCCUAUUUGUUACCAUUGUGCGGUUUGACCCAGUGUACGUGGUACACUUCAAGUGCAACAUCCGCACGAUUCGCGACGGUUACCCCGAGAUCCACCGCUGGAUGCGCCAGUUGUAUUGGAAAAUCCCUGCAUUUUCCGAGACAUGUGAUUUCGACCACAUCAAAACCCACUACUACUGGUCUCACCCCUUCGUGAGCUUGACUCCUAUUUUAUCCGAUCGUUCAGUGAUAAUGUUGUCGACUGGUUCCCAGAUCAACCCUCACAGGAUCAUUCCCGCUGGUCCGAUCCCUAAUAUCCUGCCCCUUUGA